AUGGACUGGUCAGAAACCGACGAGGACAACGAGGACGAUGGCAGCCAAGCUGGAAGCGAUGCAUUCCGCGAUACCGCACAAAGCAUAGGAGAAGACGAGGUAGGAGAAGCCUGGACAUACAGAUAUCUCCUGCGGAAGGCCAAGAAGACGAUCAGCAGCACGGGAGAGGUCCAAAAGCAGAAGAUGCAGAGGGGAGAACAGAGACGCAGGCAAGAUGAUGAAGAUACAGAUGGGGGAGAGGACCACGGAAGAUACGAAGAAGAUACCGAGAGCGAGACAGUGUCUGAGCUCCCAAGGUUGCGCACGCAGUUCAGGUCAAUACGCGACCGCAAGCCGGGUGGAUUGAACGUCGGACUUCUUCGCAACGCCUUCCUCCUUAUCGACCAAGACUCAAUCGACUCUCUCAUCACUAAUCCUGCCGCACUUGCCUGGGGGUCUCCAGAGGAAUAUCGAGGCUAUCUACGUGUGCGAGUGCAGCAGGAGGUCAACAACUUUUGA